AUGCAGAAUAAUGUAUGGGUGCUGCAAAGUGUCAAGGCGAAAUGGCGAGAUGGUAGACUUAUUCUAUAUGGGAGUCAGUCUAUUCCAAAUCAAGUGAAAUAUGCACCAAUUGACCAGCAGAGGACAAGGAUAGGACAGGAUAAGAAUGUGCGAUGGAGCCGAGGAGAAGCCAAGCUGGUCCUUCAGCAGCAGAAAGCACAAGAUGCUGAACAGCGUGACCUUGCAUGGCAUGCAGCCAACACUAUUUAUGCCUAUGGCUGGUCCAAGGAUGGCAAUGAGGCUGAGAUGUUCAAGGUCCAGAAUGGAUUUACCUAUCCCCAGCUCUGGAUGACUGCCUCCAUCCCUUCCGCUCUAUGCUUGACUGCUGGCGAGGACAGCUCCUCCAUGCUGCAAUACUAUAACACAGCAAGGAUCAGAUGGGGCAAUAUUAUCCAGGGCCAUGCCAUCACUCUCGACACACCCAUAUCUUUGCAUUCUACUGGCGCUGAUACGAAGAAUGACAUUACUGCAUAUCCUGUCAUGCCAAUGCACUACAUGAAAGCUUUCAAGGAUGGCACAGGUAUCUCUUUGCUCACAUCUUGCAGCUGGUCAUCGAAUGGUGCUUCUGAAUGA